CUUCAACACCACCAAACCCAUCGCAACACCUGCACAUCACUUCACACAUAUAUCAGGUCUCAAUUCUCCCCGUCGAACAGUAAUGAUAAUGUAAACUACGCCUCCCGAAAACUCAAUCGCACAUCCCGACACCAUGUCAUCCACCGAGCCCUGGAGCCAACUCCUCACGCGCAGCCUCGCGACGCGCCUCGACCCGGAAACCUUCACAUCUUACGCUGAGCUACUCGCCGCCAAACACCCCGCCCCCAGUUCCUACCUCGCCGAUCUCUUUCUGCGGCCCACGAGCACCAACCAUGGCUCGCUAGACCCGCGGGUCCCACGGUAUCUGCAGGCGCUGCUGGACCUGGGGCUCGUGAACCUCGUGGGAAUCCUAGGGGCACUGAGGAGAUACUCGACAUUUGGGGUUGUGGCUGGGGAGGGGGAAGAAGGGGCCCAGGCUAUGGGCGCGGAGCGGGAGGCCAAACAGGCAGGACAAGUCGGGGGAGAAGGGAGGAGGAGGAGAUGGACGAAUUCAUACGCCGUGGAUGAGAUGCUGUUCUAUCGGCUUGCGGGGGCGGUCAGCGCGGGGAAGACACCACGCGGGGCUCAGGAGGCGGCGGAACUGGUGCGGGCGUGCGUUGCGUGGAUGCAGAUGGUGACGCGGGCGGGCCACGGGGCGAACGAGAUGCUGGGCCUGGGAGGACAUCCGCUCGCGGAAGAGAUGAAUAACGCGGGGGUAGCGCUGGGGGUGCUGGUGGUCGCCGUGGUGGAUAAUGGGCGCGUGGUGCAGAUGCUGGGGACGAAAGGAGCGCGGGAGGUCAGGACGCAGCUGGCGAAGGCGCUGGCGGGGCUGGUGCCGUUGUUGGUGCAGAGCAGUGCGCAGACGGCGGGGCGGCUCGAGCUGUUCCGGACGCAGACGCUGGCGGCGAUGGAGCCGGUAGGGAAGAAGAAUGAGGCGGGGAAGGAGAUUGAUGAUAUCUUGGAGGAGGGCAUGGGGUUGGGCGUCGAUAGUAUGGUGGUUCCGGAUCUACCAACUAUGAAUUCGAGGGCGGGGUUGUAUAUAUAUUUGAAUGCUUUGCUUGUGGGAAGGCCGCUCAUUGAUGAUAAUGCCUUGUUUGCAUAUCUACAUAAUCGAUAUCAGGGCGACGUGCAAUCUACAAGCAUCGAUCUUAUUCUUGCAUCCUUCGACAUCUUGGCCAAUGCCAAACUUCACAAUGAACGCGCGCAGACGACGACCAUCCUACGCUCAUUUCUUAUUAAUAAAGUCCCUCUGCUCCUCACCACCCUCUCGGCAUCGUUCUUCCCACCCCUCACUGCCGAGUACUGCAUCACGGAAGCCCUGAAUCACGUAGAUACUAACGUCUUCCCAACGCUCUCGACACUCUUUGAUGAGUCGAGUAGUAAUGAUAUGUUUUCGGAUUCUGUGCGUCAGGACUUCUGCUUUGCAUGUUGUUUGCAUGGCUUGCUCGAGGAAUCGAGUAUUGAGACUCUGCUUGGUGACAUCCCGAUGCAGAGCUUACCGGCGGGUGGAAGAUAUGUGAAGGAGGAGCUCGUGCAGCAGUGCUUGUCCGACCCGGAAAAGGUCGAGGGUAUGAUUGAUGAGUUGGAGCACAUGGAUGGGAAUGUUGGGGCGGUCAGCCAGGCAAUUACAGAAAUUAUUGGAAGGCUGUGUAGCAAUAAGGAGACGAUGACUCUGAAGACUAUUUGCAGUUUACUAGCUCGGAAGUCGUCAACUUUGGAUAUCAUGCUGCUGUUCGAUAAGCCCAUCACGAUCCUGCAACCUAUUUGCGACCUGCUAGAUAAUUGGCACUACGACGAAGACCAAGUCGAGUACCAACCAGUCUAUGAAGAAUUUGGCGCCAUCCUCCUUCUCGUUCUCUCCUUUGUACACCGGUACAACCUAUCAACUGCCGACCUCGGGAUCCGCUCCUCUUCCUCUUUCGUCGCCAAGCUCCUGAACCAAGGCCAAUUAUCCCGUGCUAUGGAGAACCUGACAGAACAGGAGCAGAACCAUCUGGACGGCUGGAUCCGCGGCCUCUUUGACCAUGAGAGCGGCGGGCUUGGUGAUGAACUCAUGUCCUCGUGCCCGCCCCAAGAUUUCCACCUCCUCGUUCCUACCUUAUUCCACCACAUUGCACUGGCAUGUUCGACAAAUUACCUCUCGGACGAGACACUCAAAGGCGGCUUAGAACUAUUCGUCGAGCCUUUCCUCCUCCCCUCCCUCAUUCCCGCCAUCACCUGGCUCGCCUCCCACCUCUGGGAGUCCCGCGGCGAUGCCAACGCCGUACUCCAGAUCCUCUCCGCCCUCGUCACCAACUCCGCCUCCAUCUCCAACAACAUCGAAGCGUCGCAGAUGCUCAACUCGGUCAUCAACAUCAUCGCCAAGAACCUCGAGCACAGCCUCCGCUGGCUCCAGCGCGCGGAACCGCAACGCCAGGACAUCGAGCCCCUCUCCAAAGCGCUCCGCGGCAAUCUCGGCUGGGAGCGGCGCGGCGCCAGCGACCACACGGAACUGGAAUCCUGGACCAGCACGCCCGGCGGCGGCCUCACCGUCGCCAUCAAAAACACGAUCAGCGGCCUCGUGCACUGGGGCCUGAACCCCGGCAUGAACAUCAACCCGGCAAACUACACGCACCGGCAGAUCCUGGUGGGUCUGAAGCUGCUCGGCGCGCGGCGCCUCCUGCACACCAUCAUCGACGAGGUGAAGGCGCAAACAGAGGCGGGCAACGGGCCCGCGGUCCUCGACGUCGCGACGGCCAUCAUCUGCGCUCCGGACGCGGCGACCUGGGAGUCGUCGGCGGCGGCGGGGCUCGAACAGCUGCUCGGGUCCGGGACGGCGGCGGUGCGGCCGCAGCGCAGGAUGAGCCUGCGCGAGGCGCUGAAGAUGGAGGCGGAGCAGGCGCCGCGGACGUAUAAGCAGGACGUGUUCCAGGCGGAGACGGUGGUGCGGCUGUAUCGAAGGGUGGAGGCGCAGGCGGUGGUGCCGGUUGGAGGGGCGAGCAUGCAGGAUGCGAUGGAGGUGGAGAGGGAGUUGAUGAGUGGGUACAUGGGAGGUGGGGGGAUGGGGGGAGGAAUGGGGGGAGGGAUGGAUGGAGGAAUGGGAGGCGGGAUGGGAGGCGGGAUGGGGACGGAAGAUCUGUUUGAGGGGAUGGGAGGGGGUGAGGGGUUAGAUGGGGCAAUGGGGUUCUAGAUGGAGAUUUAGAAGAUUCGUUGUAUAGUAAUCAGCGAAGGAAGGAGAGGGGGGAAAAGGGAGGUAUUGAUCGGAUGGAAGCAAAAGAAAGGAAAGAAAGAGAGAGAAGAAAAAAAAGGAGGAAUACCGAAUGUAAACUAGGAUUUAGUCCUGAGAUGGCGGGACCCAGGGAUAUAGGUACAUGUGUGCUAGUAGCGGAGUGUGUGCUGUUCCUAUUAUUUAUCAUUUCCGGGCUUGUAUUUGUUUGUAUAGUGGGUGGAUGGGAUAGAUAGAUAGAUAUAUGGUUGCUUGGUGUUAGGAAGGAGGGCGUGGGUAGGAAGUAAGGUUGAAUCAAGAUAUCACAGAAGCACACACACACAGGCGUGCAAUAAAAGCAUAUCUAAGCAAGCAAGCAGAC